AUGUCUUCUAUAAGUUCAGUAGAUCUUUUAUUUUCAUCAACUGAAUAUCGUUCAAAUUUUAAUAAAAUAGCAAAAAUACUUCUUAUUAGUGAAACAGGUGCUGGAAAAUCAACAUUUAUUAAUUAUUUAUGUAAUUAUUUUCAUAAGGGUGAUAUAAAUAAUCCUAAAAUAGCUAUACCAAGCAAAUAUCAUCCUGUACCUACGGAAGAAUUUUCUCAUUAUGAAUUUAAUAUUUAUGAUAAUAAUCAAUCAAAAACUAAUCAUUGCAUACAAUAUAUGUUUACUGAUGUAACAACAAAUAAACAAUAUUUAUUUUUGGAUACGCCUGGUUUUUCUGAUACUCAUAAUAUUGAACAAAAUCAAAUGAAUAUGAAUAAAAUAAUUGGUGCGAUAACACAAUUAGAUAAUCUAACUUCAAUUAUACUUGUUGUUAAUGGUUCAUUGAGUCGAUUAACAAUGAAUUUUCGUUAUGCUAUUAAUUGUUUAAAUAGUAGUAUACCUGAUAUUAUUUUAGAAAAUGUUAUUGUUAUAUUAACUAAUGCUAAAAAAUAUGAAUCACCAUUUGAUUUAAAACUAUUAAAUUUACAUGGUAAAGUUUAUCCAUUUUAUAUGCAAAAUGGUGCAUUUGUAUCUGAUCCUAAAAGAUGGACAAAAUCUAUUCGUAAUGAACUUCAUUAUGAUUGGAAUAAUUCAAUGAAUCAAAUUAAAUUAAUACUUGAAACAAUUGAUUCAUUUAAACAAAUAUCUAUUGAUAUAUUUUUACGAAUGAAACAAAUUCGUAAUGAUAUUAAAUCAAUUAUUCAUCAAAUACGUCUUGAAAUGAUUCAAAUACAAAAAAUUCAAGAUGCUAUUGCUCAAUUAGAUCUUACAUUUAAACAAACUAAUCGAGAUGUAGCGACAUAUCAAGAUCAUACUCGACAUCAUAUUGUCGAAAAAAUUCAACAAAUCGAUGCACCACAUCAUAGUACUUUAUGUGUAAAUUGUAAUCAAGUUUGUCAUAAUAAUUGUCGUUUAAAUGAAACAAAUAUUGUUGAUGCACAAAUAUUAUCUCAAUGUUUAGUUAUGAAAAAUGGUAAAUGUCAACAAUGUCAAAAUCAUUGUUCAUAUACAAAUCAUUAUCAUGCUAAAAAAACUAUUCAAAUAAGUCAUGAAACUUUACAUGAUGUAUUAAGUGAUUUAAAAGAAAAAUAUGAUCAAACAUAUCAAAAUUCUAAUAAUUGUCAAGAAAAAAUAAUAACAGUAUCUGAAACAAAAGAAUUACUCGAACAAGCUUUACAACAAAAAUUGAAAGAAAUUAAAAACAAAUCUAUACAAUUAAAUGAAAUAUGUUCAUCAUUUAAUUUAGCAAAUGAAUUUAAAGAUUUAAUAAGAUUACUAAAAACCGAAUCGAAUUCAUUACGAAAUUCUGAAACAAAAUUAAAAGCUGAAAAAUUCAUUAGAAAAUUAAAUAAAUUUAUACAUUUAAUUGAAGAAAAACAAGAAAAUAAUCGAAUAAAACGAUCAUCUAUGCAAAUAAUUUGCAAAGAUGAAUCAAUAGAAAAAAAAUCAACAACUGAUAUAAAUCGUUUAACAAUAUCUGAUUUAAUUGAAUUAUAUCAUAAUACAAUUGAUCAUGAUCUUAUGAAAUCAAUUUUAAAUGAACUUCAUCAACGUUCUCUAGGAAAAUCUACAGGUCCAUUAUUAACAUCAAAUGAUAUCAUACUAAUUAAUAAAUAUUUAGAAAAAUAUACACAUAAAAAUAUUCUACAAUUAAGUUAUGUAUAUCAUAAAUUACAACAACAAAUUCAACAUAUUAUUCAAUCAGAUAUUUUAAAUAUUUCUAAUGUAAAUUCUGAACUUUUAGUUGAAAAUUUUAUUGUACAAACAUUACUUGGUGAUAAAGAAAAACAAGAAAAUAAUGUUCAUCAAGAGAAAGUUUCUCGAACAAUGCCAUUAAAUAUAUCUCAAUCAAUGGUUGAUUCAUUUCCAGGACAAAUUUCAACAAUUAAAUCACAACAAAUUCAUCCACUUCCAUAUCCAAGUACAGAACUAAUACCAUCACAGACAAAAUCAUUAAAUAAUAAUUCAAAUUUAAUUGGAUUUUCUCAUUUAAAUAUUGCCCCAUAUCCACCAAAUAUUGAUCCAUCAUUGUUGCCACCUUUACCAUCGGAUUAUUCUCCAUUAAUUCAACACAAUCAACCUCAAUCAGAUGUAUUUUCUCGUCAUGAAUAUCAUCGAUAUAAUUCAACAGAUGCAAACAUUACAACAUCACCAGUCGAUUAUAAAGAUUUCAUGCCGAUGCCAAUGCAAACAAAUAAUCAUCAACGAUUAAUUAAUCUUCGUAAUUCUAAUAUUAUAUUUCCAUUAAAUAACACUAUAGAAAGUCAACAUAAGGCAUCACCAAAUGAAAAUUCAUCGAUACCUGAUGUAAUACCAAUGAAUAAUAAUUUUUAUGGCUCAUCAGAACUUUUAUUAAACUAUGCAAGAAAUGAUAAUCCUGUUAAUGUAGAUAAUGAAGAUUUAUCUGCAUUAGAUAAUGCACGUCUUUUAUUAAUGUAUACUAAUGCAAAUCUUAAACAAGUUGAAUCUCAAAAAAAUGCUAUUCUUCAAGAACUUGAACGACGAUGUUAUGGUGAAUAUCCAAUGUUAAUUAAAGAAAAAAGAAAUUUAUUUCAAGAUAAAAUAAAACUUUAUGAAACAAGAACAAUCGGAGAACUUAUCAUAGCACAAGCAGCUAUUAGAAAAAAAAUUCGAACAUAUAUAAAAAAUGAUGAUGUUACAUUGAUUAAUGAUAUACCAUCAGACUUAAUUAUUGAAGCACAUGCAGUAAAUCAAUUAAUCUUAUCAAAAGAAUAA